AUGCACUCCUCAUAUCUUCCCGGUUUCCAUUUCAUCUUCCUCUGCCUCUUUUUCAAUCUACUACCUUCAUCGGCAGGAUCUCUUGAUAUCCCCUCCAGGGUAACUUCAGAGCCCCCGCAACCGAUAACCCACAAACUCGAUCGCCGCCCUUUCUGGGGUGCCAGUUCAAAUUUAGAAACCGGUUACCUGAUCCACUGCGACGAGCCGCGGGUCGUUUUCGACAACGGACCAAAACGUGUCGGCAGCCAUCCAACCGAGCUCCGUGAUUCCCUUACCAACAGGCGCCUCAUCAGCGGUAUAUAUGAAUUCGGAUGGAGCGAUGAUAUGGAAGAUGAUAUUCGAUGGGAAUCGAGUAGAUGCGGGCAGUGCUAUUGCGAUAUAGGAGCGGAGGCGGACGAGAUAUUUACUGUGGGGACGGGACUGGGCAACGACUGUGACCGGGAUAUGUUAAAUUUAUGUAAAUGGUUCUUCGGAUGCUAUUGCACCCUCACUGGUGCGCCAGAUCCGAAAGGCACAGAUAUCUCCCUCUGGGACUACUUCGAUCAAUGGGAAAAAAACAACAAUGAAAAAUUGCCAUUUCGGUGGCGCAACCGUCGUUCACGCCGCGGCCCACUCCCUCCGGGACCUUUUGAUCCAGGCUAUAACCAUAAUUCCGAUACUAGAAAUCGCCAACCGUUUAAACAAUUAGUUCCAGGAACUAAAGAGCCCUAUUAUUUGGAGGGACCGAGUUUUGAGGAUCCCACGAAUCCUAGAGGGAAAGGAAACUCUGAUCUUGACAGCUUAUGGAGACUUAAUAAGGCUGAUAGCGGGGGUCUUUGGAAGAGGGACGAUGUGGGAAGAAAAAGCGAAGGCGGAGAAGCUCGAAGGUAG